GGCGUGAGAAGUCAAAAAGGAGCACGGUGGCGAGUCGCGUUUGUGAAUUCGCUGCUCGAAAAUUUCACGGCCAAAGCCCGCGCCGCGCGCCCUCUCCUGCAGGCUGCAACCUCAUCAUGUUGGGAUUCGAGUGACAGCUUCAACUUCAAUUCUUCAGCCCCAAAUAAUCUGGUUUAGAUACACCGUUCAUAGACGAGUUUCUACGGGGAGUUCUUCAGAUUGAUUGCUAGCUUUUGCCUUCAAUUGAAAAUGAAAAUCAACAUCGAUAGGGAGGCACGAAAAGUUGCGGUUGAUAAUCGAAUUCCUCUCCGGAAUUACUUCCGGAUCGCCGAUAAUCUCUUAAAACAGGCUGAUAUUUAUCGGGAGGAGAAUAAUGUUGUGGAUUUGUUCAUUAUACUUCUUAGGUUUUCAAGCUUGGUUUCCGAAACCAUACCACGGCAUCGUGAUUACCAGGCUUUUUUCCCAAAGGAGAAGAUAUUUUACAAGAAGAAACUGCUGAGUGUAGUAGAUGAACUUGAGUCCUUGAAACCUGAAUUUGAUCGCCGAGUAAAUGAACUGGAGAAAGUGUCUGGACGGCCUCGUCUUCCUCUAUCCGAUGAGCAGGGAGGAGUUUCAAACAGUCUGCGGCCGUCUUCUAUGAUACAGCCCUAUGCAAAUGGAAACUAUUCAUUGGCCUUGGAUCAAAAGCAGCAUGCCAAUUCACAGCCACAAUCUUCAUGGAGGUAUCAUGAUGGCCGAGGUCAAGUUUCUCAAUCAAGUUACUCAAGGAUUGAGAAUAGGUUAUCAAAUCUGUCUCUUAAUGUACCACUUCCGAAACCCGAAACUCUGUCUAGACACUCUAUUUUGGGACCUAGUGGUUUUCAGGGCCAAUGGAAGGGACCAAGUACAGAUAAGAUUCACUAUCCAAGAAAUCAGGACUUUACUCCUUUAGAUUCAAGACUGAAUCAAAUUGAACAAUGUGAUCUAGUGGCGCAUAAAGAUAGUGGUCCAGGAGGUGUCGUGUCGAUGAUGGAAUCAGUGCUCUCACUAGAUGAUGGUAGAUGGCCUCAUCCUGCAGACAUAUCUAUUACUCCAUUGAUAACAGAAGUAAGGGAGGAUCCUUUCCCAUUGGUUAAACAACCUCCUCCUCCUCCUGUUCUUGCAAAGGUUCAGCAGGAAUAUGCGGCAAUUCCCCCAUCUAAAGUUGCGGAUCCAAGGCCUGGAGUGGCAAAACAAUCGAUGGAUGAGUCCGAGUCGUUCCAACGUUUACACAUUCCAGUAAAAAUGCUGGAUGAUUUCUUGAGAUUGGCUCGAGAAAAUACAAAUAAGAAUCUGGAGACUUGUGGUGUUCUAGCUGGCUCUCUGAAAAACAGGGUUUUUUACAUAUCUACGCUCAUAAUCCCAAAGCAAGAAUCAACAUCAGAUUCCUGCCAGACGUUGAACGAAGAGGAAAUAUUCGAGGUUCAAGACAGAUUAUCACUUUUUCCCCUUGGUUGGAUCCAUACACAUCCAUCACAAACCUGUUUCAUGUCAUCUGUGGAUUUGCACACGCAUUACUCGUACCAGAUUAUGCUACCAGAAGCGAUUGCAAUCGUCAUGGCUCCAACCGAUGCGUCAAGCCCAUAUGGAAUAUUUCAUUUGUCCGACCCAGGUGGCGUGUCGGUCAUCCGCAACUGCCAACAACGUGGAUUUCAUCCCCACGAGGAGCCUGAAGAUGGGAGUCCACUCUAUGAACACUGCUCUCAUGUUUUGAUGAAUCCGAAUGCGAAGUUUGACGUUAUCGACUUGAGGUAAGAUUUCGAUGGCUGAAAUUACUUAAAAGGAAGAACUUGUAUAGCACCAUGGAAUUGGGUAAAAGCUUCACUCACUCACCCACUCCAACAGACUGCUCUGUAAAUUUUGUAAUUUACAAAUCCAGUUGAGUUACUUCCAUUGUUGGGAGACCUCAGGCAUUGGCCAUGACGCCAUUGUUAUGCCGAGAUCUCACUGCCUGAAGGCUUCUCUUUGUUGAAAGAAUAGCCUAAGUUAUAUAAAUAUAGAUGACGACUUCCUUCUUUACAUGUAA